AACCCUAGAGCGCACUACGCACAAGAGCGUACUGUAGAAUCUCCCACAUUAAAUCCCAUUAACUAAAAACCACCGUUUACUUUCACCUGAUUAUUACCCUAUUUCUCAGGCGCCGAUUGUCGGAAUCUGACUCAACUGGCCUGCGUGGCCGGAAUCUGACCCAUGUCAAUUGACAGGCGCUCUACAUCAAAACCCUAAUCUUCCAUUGGUCACACUUUAUCCCACUCCUUUCUGUCUCUGCAACAAAAGCCUCGUGUAGUGGUCUCAGUUCUCAGAUUUACAAAAGAGCCCUUUUCGUUUUGCUGAAAUUGCAGUGGAGGAAAUGUGGGGAUCAGUGAAGCUUUCUUGGAUCUGGGUUUUGUUCACUUCUAUAAAUCUCAAUUUGUAGAAAUGGUUAAAUGUGCCAACUGGGUUCUAUGGUUGAGCAUUUUGGGUUGGUCAUAGAUUUUGUUUUCAGAAUCAGGUUUUGAAGUGAUCCAAUUUCUCCAUGGAAUUGAAGAAAGAGGAGGCUCUUAGAGCUAAAGAGAAUGCGGAGAAGCAAUUUGCAGAGAAAAACUUUGCGGGUGCAAAGAAUUUUGCUUUGAAGGCCCAGUCGGUGUGUCCGGACCUGGAGGGUAUAUCUCAAAUGGUGGCUACAUUUGAGGUUUAUAUUGCUUCUGAGGUCAAAGUUAAUGGUGAAACUGAUUAUUAUUCCAUUCUUGGAUUGUUGCCAACUGCAGACAAGGCAACUGUGAAGAAACAGUAUAGGAAGCUCGCUGUUUUGCUUCACCCUGAUAAAAACAAAACUGUUGGAGCUGAUGGAGCAUUCAAGCUUGUUUCUGAAGCAUGGACUCUGUUGUCAGAUAGUGCUAAGCGAAGCUCUUAUGAUCUCAGGAGGAGCCAACUAUUGUCGUCUGCAGUUGUCCAGAGAAGCUCGGCUUCAGCUCAUACUGCUGGGUUUACAGGCUUUGACAAUUGUUCCCAUUCACCAGUUACUCAUACUAGACUUGACACUUUCUGGACUGUUUGCACCUCUUGUAAAGUUCAGUAUGAGUAUCUUCGGAAGUACUUGAAUAAGAGACUCUCUUGUAAGAACUGCCGGGGUACUUUCAUGGCUGUGGAAACGGGGACAGCCCCAGUGAAUGGUUCAUUCCCUUACUGUUCAUGGUCGCACUUGCAUGAAAAUGGGUAUGGAACUCAUGGAUUCAAUGGGGUUACAUAUUUUCCUACCAAUGCAACUUUCUAUUCGCGAAAUGGGGUUUCAGGAUAUCAUUCUGGACAUGGGUCUGAGUAUGUUCCAAACGUGCCAUUCCAGUGGAGUUCAUUCCCUGCUGCUUCUACUGGAAUUGGGGGUCCUAAUGGAUCAGCUGCUAAAUCUGCUGAUGUUGUUUAUCAUACCACUGAGAGCAUUAAUAGAGCAGGAGAGAAGGUUAGAUCAGGAGCCAGUGGGAAACAUGCUGUCAAAAAUGGCAUGGUGAAUGUGGGUACCGUUUGUAAUGAACAUUUAGGCUCUAAGGCCAAUAGACCUGAUAAGAAAAGGAAAAUUGAAGGUAGAGGUGCAUCUAGAAAUGGGAAUGAUGAAACGGGUUCGAAAACGGCUACAGAAGUCACAACAGCUAAUGGAAAUGGAAAUGUUGGACUUAAUCCCAAGCUUUCCAUCUCAAGUGAGACCGUAGCUAAACGUCCAUCAGUUGCGCCCGCAUUUGAUGCUAGAAAGUUGUUAAUUGAGAAGGCAAGAACAGAAAUAAGAAAGAAAUUGGAAGAGAUGAAGUUGGCUGCGGCAGCGGCGGCAGAGGCAGCAGCAGCUGCAAAAGCAGCAAGAGAAGCAGCUGAAGCAGUUGCAGCAGCUGCAGCUAGGGAGAAUGUAGAGUUACCUAAAAGAGCAUAUCUGGGAGUUCCUGGCCAUCAGUCUGAACUGCAUAGGACUGGGUCUACUACUUCAAUAACAGUCCCUGACCCAGACUUCCACGACUUUGACAAGGACAGGUCAGAGGAAUGCUUCAAGCCAAAGCAAAUAUGGGCUAUAUAUGAUGAAGAAGAUGGUAUGCCUCGCUUAUAUUGUCUGAUCCGUGAAGUGAUCUCGGUGAAACCAUUUAAAGUUCAUAUUAGUUACUUGAACUCUAAAACUGAUGCCGAGUUUGGGUCCGUAAAUUGGAUAGAUUCUGGGUUUACCAAAUCUUGUGGAAAUUUCAGGGCAUGGAAUUCUGAUAUUGUUGAACAAGUUAACAUCUUCUCUCAUUUGCUAAGCGGCGAGAAGGCUGGCAGGGGAGGCUGUGUUCGGAUUUACCCCAAAAGUGGAAAUAUUUGGGCUGUGUAUCGGAACUGGUCACCAGAUUGGAAUCGAUCAACCCCAGAUGAAGUAAGGCACCAGUAUGAGAUGGUGGAGGUUCUUGAUGAUUACUCUGAAGAGCUUGGUGUAUGUAUUGUUCCCCUUGUUAAAUUGGAUGGUUUCAAAACUGUGUAUCAGAGGAAUACUGACAAGAAUGCCAUUCAAUGGAUUCCGAGAAGAGAGAUGCUACGCUUUUCACACCAGGUACCAUCCUGGUUACUUAAAGGAGAAGCAAGUAACCUGCCAGAAGGGUGCUGGGAUUUGGACCCGGCUGCAACUCCAGAUGAGCUGCUUCAGGCUGCAACUCCAGAUGAGCUGCUUCAUGCUGCAACAGAGGUGAAGGCUGAAUAGAAAUCUAGGCAAGCACAAGUAAGAAAGCCCACUUUUAGCUUUGUUCUGACAAUCCACGGUCUAAAUGUACAAAAGAUUCGAUACAUGGCUUAGGGCCAAGUCUCAGAAAAUUAGAAACUCAUGAGGAUCACAAGGUGAUCCUCAACAUUGAUUCCAGGUGAUUUUAAAGGCUUUAAUGUUAAUUGAGCAACUUAUAUGUGUAACCCCAGAUUUAUUGACUGCUUGUUUACAGAAAUGCUCUUCUUGAUCAUGGCAGCUGCACCAACUGCCAUUUAGUUAGUCAAAUAGCUACUCAUUCUUAGACGAGUGAUCUCCUGGUUGUAAAAUUAUUUGUUUCAGAUCAAUUUCUUACUGCAAUUCCCAUAAAACCUUGAUUAUUAGUUCUGUUUCUGAUCAGCUAUGUCUAUCUCUCUUUGAAUACACCAGGUGGGUUCAUUUGAAGAAUGAUGGAUUUUUUUCUUGGGCACAAUUGACGCAUCUCUAGGCAAUGCUGUGUGUGACCCAUAGGCCAUAGCCCAAGGCUUUAACCCUAAACCCAACACCACCCAUAACCCAACCCCUCUCCCCACUCUCCCACUAGCACUACUUGAAAAUAGGCUAUUAAUUUAUUAGAUUUCUGAUUGCCAUGUUUGGUUGCUGAGAAAAUAAAAAGACCAAAAUUUUUUAAUAUGCUUUCUGUUAUGUUUGCAACACAGAUAAAAGAUCUGCUUUUCCUUGAUUCACUUUUAAGAUGAAGGUGCAAAGAACUCAUCAGUACACAUUUUUUUGUGGGAUUUGAGCUAGUUUAUAUUGAGUGAAUUCAAUGGUCCAUCCCAUUAAAAACUACUUCUGUAAGGGAUUGGGAAUUAGUUCUUUCUAAUAUGUUUUACAGGCACUUCAAAACUAGAUUUGCCAUUGGAAAGAGAAAAGGGAAACGGAGAAAAACAUUGGAUUCGAAAGAGAUGGAGAAGUUUCUACGGUAGAAGAGGCUACCAAGGAGAUUAUACAAACAGGAAGAGAGCUGGGAAUAGGAAACGGGUAAAUGCAUCCUGCAUUUAUUUCCAGAACACUGAAAUUGGAAAUGAAAGUAGCGAUACUCAAGUAUUUUCACUGUUCAAAAUACCAUCAAAGUUUUCUCACCUGAGAAUCAGAGAUUGGGAGCUAAAUGCCCUAGUUGUGAGCCCAUAGAAUACAUUGUUACUUUGAUUGAAUUCAUUGACAGGUGAAAGCCCAUUGCAUCCAACUUAUCGAACUUUGUUUUUC